CUGUCUCCCGGGAAACCGGCACGGCGAGGCGGGCCAGGGCUCCCGACGGCCCGGGCGCCGCGCCGGUUCUCGUGCGGACCUGCCCGCACCUCGCCGUUUGACCACCCCCGCCCCACCCUCCGCCCCCAGCUGAGACCCCGCCCAGAAGAGGCGCCCCCUUUCAGGGCACCGGGCCCUCGCUUAGCUCCGGGGCUUUUUGCAGACGCCCGGGCCCAGGCCAGCUGCACCUGGGCUGCUCCCGCCCGGGGCGCCACCAAGAGAACUUUCCCUGGAGCCCGGCGCGCCCAGGGCACAACCCCGCCCCCCCGCCGCGGCGCCUGCCUGCAAGUCCUACGACUCCCUGCUUCUCUGAAUCUCCUGGAAAAGCAGCACUCGCCGCCGCUGCUGGGCAUUCUCGGAGGGAGAGCUUGAACUUGGCCACACACAGCGCCCGGUGAUGAGCUCGGGGGUCCCCAGACGGGAGCCGCGCCCCGCGAUGAGCUGACCUCCGCUCGCCGGUCUCGGUAAAGAGCCCGCUGCCCUUUCCGACCCUCCUCGGACUUCUCGGGGUCCGCGGGCUGGGUAGCAGACUGAGUGACGACCCUCGUCACUGCCUCUGCGGUGGGGCUGCGACGUCGUGGGCACCCCUGACACAAAGGAACAGCCGAGCGCUCCCGAUUCGGACCCGACCGGGGGGGCUGCGGGGUGGGGUCGGAGCUGGAGUGCGCGCCCGCUAGGGACUCCCGGGGCGUCGCGGCCGCGCUCCGGUGGGCGCGGGUGGAGGGGGCUGCGGAGCUCUCGGGGCUUACAAGGGCGGGGAGGGCCUCGAGCUCUCGUCCCUCCCUUUUCUUGCCCCUUGCCCCCUUUGCCAGGCGACUUUCGUCGUCCCCAGGACUGCGGAAGGGGCCGCGGCGCCCCCGCCUUCGGAGGAGCCGGAGCCGCAGGAUGCGCGGGGACGCGCCGCCGCCCUCCGCGCCCAGUUCCGCCGGCACUUCCCCGGCCGCUCCCGGGCGCUGACUCUCCCGGCUUCUCCGCCCUCCUUAGCUCCCGCCCGCGCGGCCCUGGCCCCGCCGGGAACUGCUCCUCACGCCCUAGCCGCGGCGGGGACAAUGAAUUAAUGCCUCUCGCUUGAGGGGAGGGGACGGCUCAGCGCCUGGGUCGCCGUUUUCUCGCCUGGCUGGAGACGCCACAGCCGACAUGGGCUGUUUCUGCGCUGUUCCGGAAGAAUUUUACUGCGAAGUUUUGCUCCUGGAUGAAUCCAAGUUAACCCUUACCUCCCAGCAGCAGGGCAUCAAGAAGUCAACGAAGGGUUCCGUUGUCCUUGACCACGUGUUCCGUCACAUAAACCUUGUGGAGAUAGAUUAUUUUGGGCUGCGCUACUGUGAUAGAAGCCAUCAGACGUAUUGGCUGGAUCCUGCAAAAACCCUUGCUGAACACAAAGAACUGAUUAACACUGGACCUCCGUAUACUUUGUAUUUUGGUAUUAAAUUCUAUGCCGAAGAUCCAUGUAAUCUUAAAGAAGAAAUAACCAGAUAUCAGUUUUUCUUGCAGGUGAAGCAAGAUGUCCUUCAGGGCCGGCUGCCCUGCCCUGUCAACGUGGCUGCUCAGCUGGGAGCAUAUGCCAUCCAGUCUGAACUUGGAGAUUAUGACCCGUAUAAGCAUACUGCGGGAUAUGUGUCAGAGUACCGGUUUGUUCCUGAUCAGAAGGAAGAACUCGAAGAAGCCAUAGAAAGGAUUCAUAAAACUUUAAUGGGUCAGGCUCCUUCUGAAGCGGAACUGAAUUACUUGAGGACUGCCAAGUCCCUGGAGAUGUAUGGCGUUGACCUCCAUCCCGUCUAUGGAGAAAACAAAUCUGAGUAUUUCUUGGGACUAACUCCAGUUGGUGUAGUUGUCUACAAGAAUAAAAAGCAAGUGGGGAAGUAUUUCUGGCCUCGAAUUACAAAGGUUCACUUCAAGGAGACACAGUUUGAACUCAGAGUACUGGGAAAAGAUUGCAAUGAAACCUCAUUCUUUUUUGAAGCUCGAAGUAAAACUGCCUGCAAGCAUCUUUGGAAGUGCAGUGUAGAACAUCAUACAUUUUUUAGAAUGCCAGAAAAUGAAUCAAAUUCAUUGUCAAGAAGACUCAGCAAGUUUGGAUCCAUGAGUUAUAAGCACCGGUAUAGUGGCAGGACGGCAUUACAAAUGAGUCGAGAUCUUUCUAUUCAACUUCCCCGGCCAGAUCAGAAUGUGGCAAGAAGUCGAAGCAAGACUUACCCUAAGAGAAUAGCACAAACACAGCCAGCUGGAUCAAACAGCAUAAAUCGGGUAACUGUGAAUGUGGAAAAUGGAGAAAAUGAAGGAACAACUAAAAUUAUUGCACCUUCACCAAUAAAAAGCUUUAAGAAAGCAAAGAAUGAAAACAGCCCUGAUACCCAAAGAAGCAAAUCUCACGCACCGUGGGAAGAAAAUGGCCCCCAGAGUGGACUCUACAACUCUCCCAAUGACCGCACGAAAUCCCCAAAAUUCCCCUACACGCGCCGCCGGAACCCCUCCUGUGGGAGCGACAAUGACUCUGUGCAGCCAACGAGGAGAAGGAAAGCCCAUAAUAGUGGUGAAGACUCGGAUCUAAAGCAAAGGAGGAGGUCGCGCUCACGCUGUAACACAAGCAGCGGUAGUGAAUCAGAAAACUCUAACAGAGAACACCGGAAAAAGAGAAACAGAAUACGGCAGGAGAAUGAUAUGGUUGAUUCAGCGCCUCAGUGGGAAGCCGUAUUAAGGAGACAAAAGGAAAAAAACCAGGCGGACUCCAACAACAGACGAUCCAGACACAGAUCUCGCUCAAAGGAACUUGUGGAUCCAUCUGGAUUGUCAGAAGAACAAUUAAAAGAGAUUCCGUACACUAAGAUAGAGACUCAAGGUGACCCAAUCCGCAUCAGGCAUUCUCAUUCGCCACGAAGUUACCGCCAGUAUCGCAGGUCCCAGUGUUCAGAUGGGGAGCGAUCCGUUCUCUCGGAAGUGAAUUCAAAAACAGAUCUCGUUCCUCCACUUCCCGUGACCCGUUCUUCCGACGCUCAGGGUUCUGGUGGCUCCACCGUUCAUCAGAGAAGAAAUGGGUCUAAAGAUAGCCUGAUUGAAGAAAAAUCUCAGACAUCUACAAGCAGUCUGGCUGGAAAACACACAGCAAAAACCAUAAAAACCAUCCAAGCUUCACGCCUGAAGAUAGAGACUUGAUUCCAGUGAAGACAGGCUUGGGACAGGCGAAGGGAAGGGUGUGUGUGCCACCUUUACUUUGAAACUGUGAAUUACAACUACUCAGAUACCUUGGACCUGCAGAAGUUUCUUCAAAAGAAAACACUGAGUCUGUUGCUUCUUUUUAAGGUUUGACUGCAGCAUAUUUGUGCCGAAGGGCCUUUUGAUUUGGUAACUGGAAGGAUAGUGGUCUUGUAAAAACUCCUUCACUUGAUGCCAUAUUUUCUUUCCUGGAAACCCCAAGUAUCUUGUGUCCACCACAACCAAGACCAGAUGCUUCUGAUCAAAGUUCUGGAAUCCUCGUCUGCAGCUGGCUAGCUGUGCAAUAGUACACCGAAGGGGAUGAAAACGUUCUUCCCAAUCCUGGGUGGAUCUCAGACUGCACAGAUGUGUGAAGACUGAGGCUUGCCUUUCAGACUGCAGAUAUUUUUAUUCAUAUAAAUAGGAUCUUUGUUAAUACUGUAUUUUGUGGCAUUAAGUUCCACUUGUUAUUUACUAAUGUAAAAAAGUUUUUGUUUGUAAGUGUUGCUUUUAAUUUCUAGUGUCCUUGUCUUGUGCUUUCAGAGAAAAAAAAGCUGUCUGUGGGUUUCAGUUGACCUCAGCUUAUAAAUUCAUGACCCUCAACCUCAAAUGGUCCCUCCACCCUGCUUGGCUAUGUACUUCUCCCCUAUUUCAGACCUUUCCUCUCUGCUGAUGACUUUGCAAUCUACUUAAAAGGGAAAACAGAAACACUCAUGCGGGGUAUCUUUUAUCUUCCCCUUACCAAACCUCUCCUCGGCUGCCAUCAACACUCAUCCUUUCCUCCUCCCCCUCCACCUGUACUUCGGAGCCUAGCUCCUUCAGCCUCCCUGCCCCUGCUCUCUCCUGUAUUAAUAUAUUCAACCUCUUCCUCCCAGCUAGAUCCUUGCCACUUGGUUUUAAACUUUUAAGACUACCAUCUAAAAUAAACCAACCAACUUUCACAACCAUAAAUCCCUCUCCAGCUACCAUUUCUCUCUCCAAUUCUAAAUUUCUUGGAAGGAUUAUCUGUAGCCGGUGUCCUCAGUUCAUCUAUCUUCACACUGGUCCAAGAUGGUUAUCUCUUGCCUAGACAACUGUAGUAGCUUCCAAUUGGCUCACCUGCAUCCCCUUUCUUGCAAAUGUAAAUUUCUAUCACAGACUUUAACACAGCUGUAAGUGUUCUGGCAUCUUACCUGUUCAGCCUCUUGUUAACACUCUGAGCUCCCAUAGUGGACACCUUACAAGCCUUAAAGCACUCAACUCUUGUCUAAAUCAGGGCACUUAGUGGGCAAAGCAACUACAACUGCUGUAAAAGUAGACUUACGGUCAUAUCCUUUUUCUAGCCCUAGGGCUCUGCAUACGCCAUUCCCCCAACUUUGCCUUGCAAAAGUGCUACCUACCCUUUAGUCACAAGUCUGCACUCUUAGGUUUCCCUGAUUUGGUCAAAUCCUAUCAUGCAUGGGAUUUGUCUCACAAAGGCAGUUUUACAUUUGUGAUGACAUCUCCAACUGUAAGCUUCCAGAGGGAGCAACCGUGUCUCGCUCACCAUUGUGUCCCCAGGUCCUGGUACAGUGCUUUCAAUAAAUUUUUUCAAUGCCUAAA